AUGAGCCCUUCCUCUGACUGCUCUUCUCUUGUUUUCAGAAAGAUGUCCGAAGACCACAGAUCGUCGUUCUGGCAUAUGUCUCGAAUGAUGGAUCGCAUUAUGGACGAAUACAUAAGGGAUAUGCAGAGAAAUUGCAACCAGCCCAUUGCACCAUAUUGGCGCGCCGCCGAUCACUCAGUUCUGCAAGUUGCAAACGAUGCACACCAGGUUGUUGACGAUGACAAGAAGUUUGCUGUCUCGUUGGAUGUUUCACAGUUCAAGCCAGAAGAGCUGAAGGUUAAUUUGGAUGGCAGGUUGUUGACAAUUGAAGGCAAGCAGGAAUGCAAGAAUGAGAACAGCUUCAUGGCUAGGCAAUUUGUCCGUUCCUGGACUCUACCUGAAGACGUGAAUUUGGAAGGUCUGAAAACUGAUCUUAGCGAUAAAGGCAAACUCACCAUUGAAGCUCCAAAGAUCCCGAACACUUCAAGGAAGAACAUUCCCAUUAUGCAGCAACAGAGUCACAGCACCCACAUUCACUCCCACAGCCACAGUCACGGUCAAAGUGAUAAUUAG